AGGAGGUGGACACUUGUCUCCCGGCCCCGAGCUGCGUCUCCGCCCCUGGAGGAGAGACCCCCUUCGGCUCGGCGCCUCCCGCGACUCCCGGCUGCUGGGGAAGCCUCGGCGCGGCCGGCACCAUGAGUGAACAGAGUAUCUGUCAGGCAAGAGCUGCUGUGAUGGUUUACGAUGAUGCCAAUAAAAAGUGGGUGCCAGCUGGUGGCUCAACUGGGUUCAGCAGAGUUCACAUAUAUCAUCAUACAGGCAACAACACAUUCAGAGUGGUGGGCAGGAAGAUUCAGGACCAUCAGGUCGUGAUAAAUUGUGCCAUUCCUAAAGGGUUGAAGUACAAUCAAGCUACACAGACCUUCCACCAAUGGCGGGAUGCUAGACAGGUGUACGGUCUCAACUUUGGCAGCAAAGAAGAUGCCAAUGUCUUCGCGAGUGCCAUGAUGCAUGCCUUGGAAGUGUUGAACUCACAGGAAGCAGCCCAGAGCAAGGUUACUGCUACGCAGGAGAGCACUAAUUUGCGAUGUAUUUUCUGUGGGCCGACAUUGCCUAGGCAGAAUUCACAACUACCCGCCCAAGUUCAGAAUGGCCCAUCACAAGAAGAAUUGGAAAUUCAGAGAAGGCAACUACAAGAACAGCAACGACAAAAGGAGCUGGAGCGGGAAAGGCUGGAGAGAGAAAGAAUGGAGAGGGAGAGGUUGGAGAGGGAGAGGCUAGAAAGGGAGAGGCUGGAGAGGGAGCGCCUGGAGCAGGAGCAGCUGGAGAGAGAGAGGCAGGAAAGGGAACGGCAGGAGCGCCUGGAACGGGAAAGACAAGAGCGGGAGAGGCUGGAGAGACUGGAGAGACUGGACCGGGAGAGGCAAGAGAGAGAGCGGCAGGAGCAGCUGGAAAGGGAGCAGCUGGAAUGGGAGCGAGAGCGACGAGUGUCAAAUGCCGCUCCAUCCUCCGACAGCUCCCUGUAUAAUGCUCCACUUCCUGAGUAUGCCAGUUGCCAGCCUCCUUCGGCACCUCCUCCAUCAUAUGCUAAAGUCAUCUCAGCUCCAGUGUCAGAUGCCAGUCCUGAUUACGCUGUAGUGACCGCAUUGCCACCUACUUCCACACCCCCUACACCACCACUUCGUCACUCCGCGACACGUUUCGCAACCUCUUUAGGCUCAGCCUUCCACCCCGUGCUUCCCCACUACGCUACCGUCCCUCGUCCUCUGAACAAAGGCUCUCGGCCUUCCUCUCCCGUGAACACACCCUCUCCUCAGCCUCCAGCUGCGAAGCCCUGUGCCUGGGCUGCUUCCAAUUUUUCGCCCCUUCCUCCGUCUCCUCCAGUCAUGAUUAGCAGCCCCCCAGGCAAAGCCGCUGGCCCAAGGCCCGUCCUCCCUGUUUGUGUCUCUUCUCCUGGGCCCCAGAUGCCUCCAUCACCCACAGCGCCCAGUGGGCUGCUGGACUCUGUCCCAUGCCCGGUGUCUCCGCCGCCUACCUCAGGGCCAGUGCCACCGCCGCCGCCGCCACCACCACCACCACCACCGCCACCGCCUCCGCCUCCGCCUCCACUGCCUUCCCUCGUACCACUCUCACACUGUGGAUCUCAAGCCUCUCCUCCUCCGAGCACCCCUCUUGCCUCAACUCCCUCAUCCAAGCCUAGUGUUCUCCCUUCUCCCUCUGCAGCUGCCCCUGCCUCUGUGGAGACUCCUCUAAACUCUGUGCUGGGAGACUCCUCUGCUUCUGAGCCAGGCUUGCAGGCAGCCUCUCAGCCGGCCGAGACUCCAGCCCAACAGGGCAUUGUCUUGGGACCACCUGCACCUCCACCCCCUCCUCCACUCCCACCAGGUCCUGCGCAGGCUUCGGCCACCCUCCCUCCACCCCCAGGACCCCCUCCACCCCCCCCACUUCCAUCCUCAGGGCCCCCGCCCCCACCUCCUCCACCUCCUCUUCCUAAUCAAGCACCCCCGCCCCCACCCCCACCUCCUGCUCCACCCCUCCCCGCCUCUGGAUUUUUUUCGGGAUCCAUGUCUGAAGACAAUCGCCCUUUGACUGGACUUGCAGCUGCAAUUGCUGGAGCGAAACUUAGGAAAGUGUCACGGAUGGAGGACGGCUCUUUCCCAAGCGGUGUGAAUGCGGCCUCAUCUAAAACAGACACAGGCCGAGGAAAUGGGCCCCUUCCCUUAGGGGGCAGCGGUUUAAUGGAAGAAAUGAGUGCCCUGCUGGCCAGGAGGAGAAGAAUUGCUGAAAAGGGAUCAACAAUAGAAACAGAACAAAAAGAGGACAAAAAUGAAGAUUCAGAGCCUCAGACUUCUAAGGCCUCUUCAACAAGUACACCUGAGCCGACAAGAAAACCCUGGGAAAGAACAAAUACAAUGAAUGGCAGCAAGUCACCUGUUAUUUCCAGACGGGAUUCUUCAAGGAAAAAUCAGAUUGUUUUUGACAACAGGUCCUAUGAUUCAUUACACAGACCAAAAUCCGCACCUUCGUCACAGCCCAGUGCCAAUGGAGUCCAGACAGAGGGACUAGACUAUGACAGACUGAAGCAGGAUAUUUUAGAUGAAAUGAGAAAAGAAUUAACAAAGCUAAAAGAAGAGCUCAUUGAUGCAAUCAGGCAGGAACUGAGCAAGUCAAAUACCGCAUAGAGAAGCAAACUAAGGAGAGACAGGACUUGAAUCUGGAGAAAGAAAAAAACAACAUCUACAAAGAACAACUGUUACCAAGAAAACCCCUACAUUUCGUGAGCUGAAAGAAGAAAGUGGAGACAAACAGUCGCGAGGAGGGAAAGACAACAUGCUUGGAAAGCCUUCAGACAGUACUACUCUGGCCGUAAGCUCCUUCCCUCCCCGUGUGCUGCUGUUUUCUGACGUUUAUGAGAGGACAGAAGAGAGUCGUGUUAAGAGUUCCUGUAACAGUUACGCAGAAAAUACUGACCCCGUCAGGCAAGAAAUAUUUUCCCGUCUCAAGAUACAAUCACACAUUUUCCACAAUCCAUUGCUCAAAUAAAGAGGAGAAAGGCUUGAGAAGUUUUUCCAGAGAAUGCUGAUGAAGAAUUGAGCAAGUUAUGCUAUUGUAUUGUAAAUGUUUCUCUCAGGUUUGUCUUCCUAUCAUAUUUGAUAUUCCAUAAAUAAUUGCGAUCAGUCCUAUGUAGGUUAAGAUCAUAGAAUGUGGAACAAAUGGAAUUGUACGCUUUCAAAGGGUGAUGUUCUUAAGAAAGUGUCCUAAACAUGACUUGUCCAGCUUGAGGAAUUUUAGAAAUGAUAGGAAGUCUCUCGAGUUAGCCUUCAUGCAAUUUUGUAGAUUCAAACAUAAAAUUCGUCCAGAAUUUAAAGAUUUAGAUGCCUUCCUAAAUUGUUACAAUGCUUUACCAAAUCUAUGACUCCUACAUAACACAAACCAGUGGUCAAAUGUACAACGAUAUAUUGUAGAUUUACUGUAGGUUUUCAACCUUUUUUAGAUUUAUGCAUGUGGACAUUUUUAUAAUGUAAUUACAAUCACCACAAAAUUAGCUUUUCUAAUUGCAGACAGUAAUGCAUGUCAAGCGAAUAUGUAGUGGCUUUUUCAAGGCCUAAUCCCAGGGAGAACAUUUUGUAGAGUAUAGGGGAGUGGGAGGAUGGGAAGGAAUAAUUUUUUAUUUAAAGUUCAUUUCUGCACUACCUUUUCUCAGUUAUCUGCAUGAAUGAUAAUGAGGCAUAUUUUGUGGCUUUAGUUGGUAAAUACGUUAACAGAGCCAAGUACUUGAUCUUUUACAUCAUGUCUUCAGCUGUUUGUAUUUUAACUUCAGUGAUUUCAAUGGUCUCAAACACGAUUCUGAGCUUCACAUGAAUCACAUCUCACUGUGGAACUCACAAGUUCGAUCCCUGAAUUCGGCAGUUACUAUUGCCGAGGUGCCCUGCAGGUACACAGGUGUUAAGGCACACGAUCCUGACUACAAAGCUGCUUUUGAAUUUUGUUAUGUUGAAAUACUAGAAAAGUGACAGUGAUGGCAGCAGUUAUGGUCACAGAAAUCAUUAAGUCAAGGGAAAACAGGGGGUCCCGCAUAAUUAUCUUUUAAUAAAGUGAACUUAGGUAGUGGGAAGAAGGAACUAGAUACUACUUACCACCGUGUGUGUGCGUGUGUGUGUGUGUGUGCGCGCGCGCACGCGUGCACAUUUGUAUGAGCAUGCACGUGUGUGUGUGUGUGUGUGUAAUCCACUCCCUGUUCUUUGAAACUCAUAAGAUUAAAAUAGGGGAGAAAUCCUGUGUGUUGCAAUGAUAGAAUUUUGUUGAAACUUCAAGAAAUCAAAAAUUCUCCAGGCUCUCCGUCUUGAUUUAUGCUUGCGUUGUUAUGUGCCAUAUUUGCUUUGAAAUUUUUGAUUAUCAGAAGUUUUACUAAAAAUUUGAAGAAAUAAUCCAUUUUCAUCUGCUUUCUAGAUUUCUUAAUCGAAGUUCCUAAGACAGAGCUUGCUGAUAGCAUAGUUUUCUCAAUGCUGUGACUUUGCAGCCGUUACCACUUCAGAGGGGUUUGAAUGAGGGAAUUGUGUUUCCUUGUUAAAAUAGUUCCUGUUUCUGUAGAAACUUCAUUUUGAGGUUAAUCUGUGAUGGAUGAGCUAUCAUAAUUCAAGUAUGCAGUUCUUUUUUUCUAUCAACUAUUUGUUGUCAUGCAAUAGUAAAGGCAUUAAAGAUGCAGCAAGCUUAUGAAGUACUAUUUUCUAGAAGAAAUAGGAGGCAUUUUCAUCUUUAUUACUGUACGUUUGGUUAUGCAGACACUUUGAUGAUAUAAACAUUUAUGUCCCCCAUAAAUUUGGUCAGAAAUCAUUUUUGAUUGUGUUACGUUAAACAGUCUACAGUGGGAUAGAGUACUGGGUACCAGUGGUCCAAAGUGAGAUAGAAGACUACAAUAAAAAUGCUCGAUCUUACAAAAGAAACUGGUUUAUGCACUAAACGUUCCGUGCCUUGGUCUAACAGUAACACGAUGUCUGUAAAAUGACAGUAAGUACAGGUGUCGAAUCACGUUUUCUCCCCCGACACUCUGCAUUAUCCCAGACUGCUAAAUGUGUUCUUUCCAAGAAGUUUGAUGAUUGAAUUACUGUAUACAUUUACUGUCCUGUGCGACAGUUUUGCUAUUGUUAGAGAUUUCAGUAAUUAAAGUGAGAAACAGAAGCUUAAGUUAUUUUCCUUAUCAAAAUUCUGUUCCUUGGAAUCCUGAUUAUGACGGUUUUCGUGCUCUUGUGCAUCGGAUGUCUUAAGCUGAGUGCAGUUUAGGGGAUCCUUUCUAAUUACGGGAAGGCACUUCUUUCCUUCAACACUGUGAUCUGACCUGUGACAAAUCUGUACUAUACACUCUGUAAAUGGCUAACAAGUCAAUUGCAAACCAACUGAAUGUACAAAUCUUAGUGCUGGUGCUGAAAUCUCUUCAGAAUAGUCAUCACGAUCUCAAAGUUUGUUUCGAAAUUUGCAAGCAUCAAGUGUCAGUCAAAACUGAAGAUGAAACGCUCAUGAACGUUGACUCCUCGUGCUCUAGGCGUACUUCCGUUUCAGAUUUGCUGGUUCUCUGCUAUUCUUACCGUACUGUUUUCAUUUAAAUUUCUUACACACUAACGUCGUUUGUGCGACUGAAAUAAAACUGCAGUAUAUAUAUGUUGCUGGUUUGUGACACUUAGCUAACCUUCUGACCUAAUCUGUUGGUUCUAAAAUAAGUUGUACGGAAUGUGAAAAACACGUUUUAAAGUCCAUGACUUCACUGCUUAAAGUUUACAUAUCACGACACUGUUCUUUAAAGAUUUCAUAGGCAUAAAUACUAAGUAAUGUAUACAAAGGGAAUAUGUGAUAAUGUAUCUACCUUUUCCUUGAAAUAACUGUUGGGUGUUCCCUAUGUGUUCUCAUUGUCUCUGGGCUCAGCUUGGUACAGUGUCCUACUCUAACAAAGGAUUGAUAAAUGUUUAAGUUUAUUCCAUUUUGUUCUACAACAUAGACUUGUAAACUCAUUUGUGUGGUUACAAUUCUCCUUGAUAUAGUUUGCAGCCUAAGGGACAUUGUACGGUCAAGGGCCGUAUCGAGUGCUGAAUUUUAAAUCUAGCGAAAUCUGUAUCUGUAGUGUAUAUUUAUACGGUGUGCUGAUUUCUUGAAACCCAUGUAUAAGCAGCAGUACUUUUUAUCUGACUCUAUAGAAGUCUUAAUUUUGAGUUUCAUCUUACAUGUUCAUGUCUUCGUUAGACAUACAACGGUCCUUGUCUUUUUUCUUCCACCGCUCCCCAGCCUUCCCCUGCCUCAUCCUCUCCACUUGUCGCGGACGCUGUGUUGCUGCCACUCGCUGACAUAUGCAGCCCUUACCCAGCCGUUACCCAGCCCGCUGGGGUGAACAUGCUAACUGAUGCCCUUCUCUCCUUCCCGUCUCAAGUUCUUGCUGCCCUCCACGUAUAGAUAGGAGGGUUUGUCUACAAACUAAAAGUCACUUCCUAUUCAAAAACGAAUUCAGUAACACAUGGUAACCUUUCGGAUUUGCCUCGCUCCAACUUGGCCUCCCAAACUUGUAUGUACUUUCAGGGCCAUUGAGAAGACUUGGCCUUUAAAUCCUAAGGAGUGGAUCCUUUGAAGCACAGUUUCCAGAGGUACGCUACAGGAUCUCUGUGAUUCCUUUUCGGAGCCGUCAUAACUUUAUACCCCCGUUACCCUUUAAAUUCUCUCGAUUGUAAGCAUAAAAAGGACCUCCUCGUAUAUAAAGCGUGUGUGAAGGAACUCUAGGAGCUCUUAAUUCCCUCGCAAAGCUGUUAUGUAAUUCACUUUCCUGGAGACAUUUACUGCAGCAUUCGUGUUAGAACUCCAGACCUGUUCCUGGUAGUACCGUUUUUGUUUUGAGUAGAAAGUUGGAUUCCUAUCUGUACGUCUCCUCAAAUCCCAAGAGUGUAUUGAAAUUACUGAUGCUUAAUACCUCUGACUUUUCACUGAAAAGCCAUUUAAUAUUUAGACUUAGAUGCUUCUGAAGAAUGUAACCUUUGAAUAGAAUUGUCCCAGGUACCUUUGGCUACAAAAGGACACAGUGGAGAACAUUUAUUGUUUAAGAGUAGUUUUCUCUUAAAAUAAGCACAUUUGGCCAAGCAGCUAACGUGGGGAAGGAACCCCUCAAAAUAGGACAUUUAUAUGAGCCACGUACUGUUGGGGGACUGAAUGCAAAUGUUCCCUGUUCCGAACACCCAAAUCAGCUUAGUGUGGUUUAGGUUUGUUCCCUUUAUGUUGUCUCUAGAUCAUUUUUGAGACCCGAGAGGUUUUUAUAUCUGUUCAUGAUGACUGGAAAAGUGAAACCCUCAAAUUUUUUAAAAAUCUAAAAUUGAUGAGAAAAGAAUAUUAAUAAGGUGAAUUUAGGAUGGUCAACGAUAGGCAGCAUCAACUUAGAGGUCCAGGCUCUAUGCCUUGGUUUAUACCAGGGGUCAAUUUUCAGUUACUCUGGAUGUCGUCUGUUGGCAUAAGCUGUAUAAACUGAAGCAUGAGUAGCAUUUAAGGCUACAUGUAGUAGCCUUAAUUUGCUGAUUAGUUUAACAUAGAGAACAAAUAAAGCUGAAAUGUCAAUGAAGUGUUCCGCCAGAAGAACAGUCCCUGAGCUGUAUCCCACUUCUGCGAAGCCUGUUGUCUGCUAAACGGAGAGAAACUGCGCAGAGAGCAGAGCCCCUGGCAGCUUCUGAUGUGGGACCCUGGGAUUCCGAGAGAGGAAGUGGGGGCCAUGGCCCCGGGGCAGCCGAGGGUACAGCGGGCACAUGCACGGUCUACAAAGAGAAUUUCCCUUUCACCUCACUUGUUAAAGGCAUGCCGCUCCUGGCAGUUAGAAAACUAAAGUACACCAGUGAACACUAAAUUCAGCCUCUUCUCAGCUGUGCUCUAGGAGAAUAUAGCUUUCCAUUUUAAUAAAAAGUAGUAGAAAUGGUUAUUUCAUUGGAGGACUAAGUUUGCAUUUGUUCCAUAUGUUAAAAAUCUGUAUGCAAGUCACAGCGUCAUAGUUUGUCAUGUUUAAAUUUGAUUUAAAUAACUUUUUUCCCCUUGGGUUCCAAGAGGAUUUCUUUAGUAAUAGAUAAUAGUUUUGUUUUGCUUCGUUUUUUUAAUAAAGAAGAAAUCGCUAAUUUAGGCAGCGAAUGAUGUUAUGUGGGUAUGUUUAGUGUUCUUUCGGCAUUUACAAAAACCUUUAUUAUGGGACAUUUUACAAGCACACGGAAAAAUAGAGAUUAUUACAGUGGCUGCCCCAGAGAGUCCCACUCAGACUCAGCAAUGACCAAUUUAUGACCAGCCCACUUCAUCUACACCUCCCCACUUCGGCUAGAAUAUUUUGAAUCAGAUCCAAGGGAGGUGUUUUUAGAGUUACUUUGAUUUGAGUGGUUGAGGAUUCAGAAGACAACAAAAGGCUCCCUUUUCAGAAGGUAUAUUCGAUUUUUAGUAAGCGGUGCUUCUUCCAAGAAGACUUAGGACAUAUUAAAUAGCAUGCAGUUGGUCUUUGGGUUAUACACUUCAAAAAUUUAUGUUGCAAGAAAUUUACAUUGGGGAAUAUUUAGUUCUCAAUCAGGUCCCAACGUUUCCAUUCAGAUCUGUAGAAACAGAAGGUAGGGUCUUGGCUUACACUUUACAACAAAAGCUAUUUUAACCAUACAAAAGGUUUGUGUCACAGGAGGCUUUUCAAGAUGUGGUUCAUAAAGCUUGUCAUGUUUCACGUCUUAGUUAUGUCUGUGGAACCUCAGUCUGAGUCCCUUUAAAGGCAUUUUUAAAGGCAUUUUUCUAUUUGUUUCAUUAAAGUUUGAGGUGAGAAGUACAAAUUGGGGGGUUUUAUUGUCAGUAACCAGGUAGAACUUGGGUGUAAGCUUGGUCUGUUCUGCCUGCUGUGACAUUAGGUGUUGGGUUUGGGGGGAGUUUUUUCGUUUUUGUUUUUUUUUAAGAGCCACAUCUGAGGCACAUGGAGGUUCCCAGGACAGGGGUCAACAUUAGGUGUUUAAAAUGUUUCGGGGUUUCCCUGGACACACGUAAGUCAGGUGUAUCUAUCCUUGGUGGUGGACUGAGUGCUGCCAUCGCAAGCCCCUCUGACUGCCAAUGCUGCCAGGCCACCCAGUGUCCCUGGUACCGGGGGUCAGGCACCUGAAAGCAGGGCUGAUGAAUUUAUAUAGACCUAAGUUCUGGACCCCACAGUGUUGGUGGACGGCACUGACUUUAUCCCUGAAGUUUUUGGGGAGAAUCACUUCCCCGUGAGAAAAGUAUUGGGAGGGUUUAGAUAUUCAGAAGCACAUAGUAAAAUCUGGCCUCACUGUCUUUCUCUACCUAUUCAUUACCUAGGGCCAGGGGCUUCAGGUCUGAGCUAGGAGUUUAGAGUUUGUUUUCCUCAUCAUAGCUAUCUCAUUGUCACAGGUUUCAGUUGCUAAAGUUGAAUUUUAGGGGAUGGUAUUUGAUCCUCACAUGUCUGAAAGUAAUAAACACUGUUCAGAGAUUCUGAAUCCGUUUUGCCCCACCCCGUUCCUAGAUGAGCUUUGCCGGCUCAUGCCUCCCUUUGUGGGCAGUGGGCUGGUCCCCGGCGGGACCGGCUGUCAGACUGCCGGGCUAGUCCGCAUCCUCUCGGGCUGUGUCUCUGAGGUUGCUCCUGCGCCUGACACCCAGCUCUGCGUUUCGUCACCCACUGUGCGCUCUGCAGCCACUGCUUUGCUUCCCUUCUUUCUUUCCAGUCCAAGCAAAGGAGAAAAGGGUCUGAGUUUUGCUCUCUGAUCUUAGGUGCAGCUUUUAAUUGUUUCAAAAUCUUAGACCCUGUUCACUGAAAAACAUGCAUCUCAGGUGUGAACAAUAGGGAAAAGUUGAUGAAAUGACAGUUUGGAGAUCAGUAGUGCCGUCGACAGUGUUAGUGUUGUGUUAGCUGCUGCUCCAGGGUCCCCUGCUGGUGUCUACAGCCAUCUCAGCCGGAAGCACGCACGCCCUGCUGUCCCCACACCCUGAUAAGGAUAAUGUGGUGGCAUCAGUGAGACAUGAGCCUGGUGCUCCACUUAGGAUGUAUCAGUGACAAAGGCCUUUUGACUUUUUUCUGGCCUAGGGGCUCUUGAAGUAAACACCCCAGAGCUGGAUGGAGUGAAGCAGGUCUUUGUUUCUUGAGGAAUGCACUUCAGUGCCUGCCGUGGUGCUGUGGUUUGUCCUGUCAAUGUCAUCCUUGGGAGGAAAACCGAUGCCCUUCCCUCUCUGCCCUGCUUACUAGCAGACAGAAGCUGUCAUUCCUUCCCAGGUCCUUGAUUUUAAUCCCGAAGCCUGACCACAAUUUCUUGCCAGGCCAGGUGACUCUCAUGCCAUCUGGGUGCGUGUUGCUCUUGGUCGUUGCUUGAUCUUAAGGAGAAGAAAAUUGGCACGAAGUCAGAGGUAGCAAUGGGAAAGUUUGGGAUCAGAAAAGAUGAGUCCUGUUUUGCAGACAUUCUUUUAUUCUGUUCUUGGUCGGCAUGUGUGUUGUAGAGCUCACUCUGUUAGUAACAGGACAUGCUUUUCAUGAUGUAUGUUUUUUCUUUGGAAAAUGAAGUGUUUCUAACAAGUGAAUGAGAUGGAAGACUAUCUUGAGACAACUGUAGCUGAUGCAGAAUAUUCGAAACUCAGUAUUUGCACAUUUUUGUAGAAAUCCUUUUUUUUUUUUUUGGUUUGCUAGAUCAGACUGAAUGAGGGAGCUUCCCUGCAGCCUGCAGGACUCUGACCCGUAGCUGGGUAGAGAGAGUAGAUGAGUUAGGGCUAGCUGCCUCUGUGCUGGAGGCCUGCGGGACUUCAGGCAGAGGUCGACCCAGGGAGGUUCAGUGCAGAACUUUGCGUUGCCCCACCUCUGGGAGGAGUUUCCAAAACCUUUCACUUGACCUUGAACAAAAACCAGUUCCAUCGUGCUUUCUGCUGACCCUCUGGAGUGAGCAUAUGAGUGAAUGACUGGAGGCUUUUUUGGUGCUUUUUUCUUGCUUUUGAGAAGAAAGAAGAGAGUCAGGGACGAACCUUUGUGGUUGGAGAAUGGCAUGCAUUGUUUCUUUCACACCUGCCCAGCUGAUAGGCCAACAGCAUCCAGUAGAAGAGCUCAGUUGGUAAAAUCUGAAAGUGGAUUUCUGGAAGUUCCUUUGCGGUGCAGCAGGUUAAGGAUCUGGCUUUGCCGAGGCUGUGGUGCAGGUCGAAACUCGCUCGGGUUCAGUCCCUGGCCCAGGAACUUUCCACAUGCCACAAGGGACACCCAAAAAAUUUAAAAAAUGAAAGUGAACUUCUGAUGGUCUAAAUGGGUUAGUCUCCCAUGUUAUCUUGCUUUGCUACAAAAUUUUAAAACUAGAAAUGUGCAUUUAUGUCCUUUAAAAGAUUAUGCAGAACUGUUUUGCUAAGAACGUGAACCAUGUAGCCAUGAAUCUAGGGUUUUAUAAUCGGGACUGAGCCUCUUGGGGCAGUAAGGACUGAAAUAUCGCUUCAGAAGUUAAGGUUGAGAAGUUCCCUGGUGGCCUAGAAGGUUAAGGAUCUGGCCUUGUCAUUGCUGUGGCUCAGGUGGCUGCUGUGGUGUGGGUUUGAUCCCUGUUCCAGGAACUUCCAUGUGCCACCGGUGUGGCACAAAAAAAAAAAAAAAAAGCUAAGGUUGACUUAAGCAUAUCCAAGAACAUAUUUUAAUUGGAGUUAGAAAUUAUUUAAUAUGCAUACAGAAUCUUUUGUAUUUUAUCUCAUGGAAUUUCUAAGUUAUCAGCCUUGCUGAAUUUCAGGAGUAAAAGAAACUGGUAGCACCUUGUUUUAAAGCAAGCAAUCAUAGGAGUUCCUGGUGGCCUAGUGGUUAAGGACUCAGCAUCGUCACAGCUGUGGGUCGCAUUUGGUCCCUGGCCUGGAAACGUCCCACGCCGUGGGUGUGGCCAAAAAAAAAAAAAUUGUACAUUGCUACUUGACUCAAAUCAUCUGUAAAGCCAAAUAAAAGGAGAUCUUCUUGUUAGGAAACAUUACCUUCCAAGCUUGGCACCUGCUUUUAGAAAGGGGAAGUGGGCGUUCCCGUCAUGGCUCUGUAGAAACGAAUCUGACUAGGAUCUAUGAGGAUGCAAGUUCAAUCCCUGGCCUGGCUCAGUGGGUUAAGGAUCCGGUGUUUCUGUGAGCUGUGGUGUAGCUCGCAGAUGCAGCUUGGAUCUGAUGUGGCUAUGGCUGUGGGUUCAACCCCUAGUCUGGGAACCUCCAUAUGCCCUGGGUUCGGCCCUAAAAAGACAAAACAAAAAAGAGGAGGUGGAAGAGAGGUUGAAGAAACCAAAAUAGUUGGCAGGGUAGGUGGGAUUUAGAUGGCACCUGGGUUUUGCACCAAAGUUUCAAAUACAAAUAAAUAAAAAGGAGGACCCCUUGCAAGACAACUUAGGAAGGACUUGCCAGAAAGUAGCAGCUCCUGCUGCACACAAUACAGUGCCUUCAAAAUGAUUCUGUGUGAAUUGCAUGCAAUUUCAUGUAACCAUAAAGUGUAACCUGUAUGUGCAUGACAUGUGUCUAGAAUGUGUAAAGUUCAACUUGAGCAGAGAAGGGGCCCAGCCCUGUGGCUCUGAUGGAUCAGCCAGUCUGCUGAAGUCCUUGGACUUAACGUGACUUAGGUCUGCGGCAUCAGAGCCCUGUGUUUGCGUUAAGCAACCAUAUCACUGAAAUCGGAUCCAUUUCUCCUUUCUACUUUCUUUCCUACUUUGCAGCUUUGCUGGUUUUAACUGCUUUCACUCUUCUGCUUCUUGGUAUCCUUCCUUGUUUUGAAAUAAAAGAUGAAAUACUUAA